GACUAUAGGGUCAACAUUUUCUUGCGGCAACAGUGGAACGACCCCCGCCUGGCCUAUAAUGAAUACCCCGAUGACUCUCUGGACCUGGACCCAUCUAUGCUGGAUUCCAUCUGGAAACCCGAUCUGUUCUUCGCCAAUGAGAAAGGGGCUCACUUCCAUGAGAUCACCACAGACAACAAACUGCUAAGGAUCUCCCGGAAUGGAAAUGUCCUCUACAGCAUCAGAAUCACCCUGACACUGGCCUGCCCCAUGGACUUGAAGAAUUUCCCCAUGGAUGUCCAGACAUGUAUCAUGCAACUGGAAAGCUUUGGAUAUACCAUGAAUGACCUCAUCUUUGAGUGGCAGGAGCAGGGAGCUGUACAGGUGGCAGAUGGACUGACUCUGCCCCAGUUUAUCCUGAAGGAAGAGAAGGACUUGAGAUACUGUACCAAGCAUUACAACACAGGUAAAUUCACCUGCAUUGAGGCCCGGUUCCACCUGGAGCGGCAGAUGGGCUACUACUUGAUCCAGAUGUACAUUCCUAGCCUGCUCAUUGUCAUCCUGUCAUGGAUUUCCUUCUGGAUCAACAUGGAUGCUGCACCUGCCCGUGUGGGCCUGGGCAUCACCACUGUGCUCACCAUGACCACCCAGAGCUCUGGCUCCCGAGCAUCCCUGCCCAAG